AUGGAUAAAGAACAUUUUCGGUUUUAUAUUAAAACACGUACCGCACUUAAUAUUCUAGCAAAAGAUAUUCAUAAUGAACUGUAUUCUGUUCAUGGUGAUCAAGCUCCUUCGUUCAGAACAGUUAAACGGUGGAAUAAGUGGUUUCAUGAAGGUCGGGAAGAAGUUGAAGAUGAAGCACGACCUGGAAGGCCUAUUACCGAAACAACAGAUGAAAAUAUUGAACAAGUUCGACUUCUGAUUGAUGAUGAUCCUUAUAUGACAAUAAAAAGAAAUACAGGAACAAACUGGCCUAAGCCACGGCACUACACAUCGAAUCAUCUCCGACCAUUUGCAGCUUA